AUGGGAAUAAGGAAUGAGUCGAUUUCGUGUAUUAUGGCAGGUGUCUAUAUGAGAAAGAAGGCGAAUUGCUUACCUGAGGCAUUCACUACAUUAGUUUACACACCU